AUGAAGCUCAUCGUAUGCAAUGAACUAAGCUCAUGUGAUACGUCUAAGGUCAUGAACCACGACGCACUAAAGUCAAUAGUAACAGAGACUCAGUUGGACUUAAAUCAGAAGUGUCAGCCAGUAAGAAAGAUAGAGAAUGUUUGUAAUAUCAUCAUGAUAUCUAACAACUUCAACUCAGUAAAGAUUGACAAAGACGACAGAAGAUUUGUUGUCAUUGACGUAAGCAGCAGAUACAAAGGAAAUUACGAAUAUUUCUCAAAUCUCAUUGAAAGCUUUAAUGAAGAGUUUUAUUCAAACUUACUGACGUACUUCAUGAAGAAAGAUUUAAGUGAAUUUGAUGUAAGGAAGAUACCAUUCACCAGGGCUAAACAAGAACUCAUCGAAAUGAACAAAACACCUUACCAAAUGUUUUACGAGGAGUUCUAUGAAAAGUUUGUAUCCGGAUGGAAUUGUACAGAGUGCUACAGAAGAUAUAAAGAAUUUGCGAAGGAGAAUGAAUUCUUUGCAUGUAGUUCAAAUGUAUUUGGUGGCAAGAUGAGAGAAUUUGUGAAGAGAAGUAGAAAGCGAGACGGUUCUGCAAGAAGUUAUAUUUACGAAGCAAGUAUGAUAUUAGAAGGUCGUGGAAAGAAAGAAACA